GUCGAACACCUUGAACGGGACGCUUCACCGGGCGUUCUUGGGGUCCUGCGGCGGCUUCCAGUCCCUCAACCUGUCCAGGAACUCCCUCACCGGCGGUGGCUUCCCGUUCCCACCAUCCCUGCGCAAGCUCGACAUGUCGCGCAACCAGUUGUCAGAUGCCGGCUUGUUGAGCUACUCCCUGGCCGGCUGCCAUGGGAUUCAGUACCUCAACCUUUCAGCCAACCAGUUCACGGGAAAUCUCCCCGAGCUUGCAUCAUGCAGUGAAGUUGCUGUUCUUGAUUUGUCAUGGAACGCCAUGUCCGGCAUAUUGCCUCCAAGAUUCGUGGCCAUGGCGCCGGCCAAUUUGACAUACUUGAACAUUGCCGGCAACAACUUCUCUGGGGACAUCUCACGCUAUGAAUUUGGUGGGUGUGCCAACCUCACACUGCUUGAUUGGUCAUACAAUAGACUAAGUAGCGUAGGGUUGCCACGGAGUCUUGCCAAUUGUCAUCGAUUGGAGACACUUGACAUGUCUGGGAACAAGUUUCUGUCUGGUCCGAUACCAGUGUUCUUGGGAGAAUUGCAAACAUUGAGGCGACUCACACUAGCCGGCAAUCAGUUCACUGGGGAAAUACCGGAUAAGCUUAGCAUCUUGUGCAAGACGCUGGUCGAGCUAGACUUGUCAAGCAACCAUCUGAGUGGCAGCUUGCCUGCAAGUUUUGGACAAUGUGGGUUGCUCCAGGUGCUUGAUCUUGGCAAUAACCAGCUGUCUGGGGACUUCAUCAAUACUGUGAUCAUCAACAUUUCAUCUCUUCGUGUGCUGCGGCUGCCGUUCAACAAUAUCACAGGGGCAAACCCACUGCCUGUACUUGCUUCUAGGUGCCCUCUGCUUGAAGUUAUUGAUCUUGGGUCCAAUGAGUUUGACGGCGAAAUAAUGCCAGAUUUGUGCUUGUCAUUGCCUUCACUACGGAAGCUUAUCCUCCCAAACAAUUACAUUAAUGGGAGAGUGCCACCAUCCCUCGGCAACUGUGUCAAUCUUGAGUCUAUUGACCUUAGCUUCAACCUUCUAGUUGGUCAGAUUCCACCAGAAAUAUUGUUUCUGCCAAAGCUCGUGGAUUUGGUCAUAUGGGCAAACAAUCUAUCUGGUGAGAUACCAGACAAAUUCUGUUUCAAUAGCACCACAUUGGAGACAUUGGUGAUAAGCUACAACAGCUUCACUGGAAGCAUCCCUCAGUCCAUUACCAGGUGUGUGAAUCUCAUCUGGGUAUCACUUGCUGGCAACCUCCUGGCUGAGAGUAUACCCUCAGGAUUCGGCAACCUCCAGAAUCUGGCCAUUCUGCAGCUUAACAAUAAUUCACUCUCUGGCAAUGUCCCAGCAGAGCUUGGCAGCUGCAGCAACCUCAUCUGGCUUGAUCUCAACAGCAAUGACUUAACUGGCACAAUACCACCACAGCUAGCAGCACAGGCAGGUCUCAUCACAGGAGCAAUUGUCUCUGGCAAGCAGUUUGCGUUUCUCCGUAACGAGGCUGGCAACAUCUGCCCUGGUGCUGGUGUUCUGUUUGAGUUCCUAGAUAUUCGGCCGGAGCGCCUGGCCAAUUUCCCGGCGGUGCACUUGUGCUCCUCCACAAGGAUAUACACAGGGAUGACUGUCUACACUUUCAGAAACAACGGGAGCAUGAUCUUUCUUGAUCUUUCAUACAACAGCUUGACUGGCACAAUUCCGGCGAGCUUUGGGAACAUGACAUAUCUCGAGGUUCUUAACUUGGGUCAUAAUGAACUUACUGGUACAAUUCCAGAUGCAUUCACUGGGCUCAAGGGAAUUGGUGCACUUGAUCUCUCACACAACCACCUCACUGGUGUCAUCCCUCCAGGGUUUGGGUAUCUGCAUUUCCUUGCAGAUUUUGACGUCUCUAACAACAACCUGACUGGUGAAAUCCCGACCUCAGGGCAACUCAUCACAUUUCCAGCAUCCCGGUAUGAGAACAACUCUGGCCUCUGUGGUGUACCCUUGAAUCCUUGUGUACAUAAUACAGGCACAAGUGAUCUGCCCCAAACUUAUGGACAUAGGAAUAUUACCCGACAAAGCGUAUUCCUUGCGGUGACACUUUCAGUGCUCAUACUGUUCUCCUUUCUGGUCAUUCACUACAAGCUGUGGAGAACCCAUAAAAAUAAAACAAAAGAAAUACAAGGUGGUUACACUGAGAACCUCCCAGGAUCCAGCAAAUCAAGCUGGAAGCUUUCUGGUAUCGGUGAGCCAUUGAGCAUCAAUAUGGCCAUAUUUGAGAAUCCAUUGAGGAAGCUCACCUUUGCCGAUCUACAUGAGGCCACAAAUGGCUUUAGUUCAGAGACACUCAUUGGGUCAGGAGGGUUUGGUGAGGUUUACAAGGCCAAACUCAAGGAUGGCAAUGUUGUGGCUGUGAAGAAGCUGAUGCAUUUCACAGGUCAGGGUGACCGGGAGUUCACUGCAGAGAUGGAGACCAUUGGCAAGAUCAAGCAUCGCAAUCUUGUUCCAUUGCUAGGAUACUGCAAGAUUGGUGAUGAGCGACUCCUUGUGUAUGAGUAUAUGAAGCAUGGAAGCUUAGAUUUUGUUCUACAUGACAAGGCUGAGGCUAAUGUGAAUCUCAAUUGGGCAGCAAGGAAAAAGAUUGCGAUCAGCUCAGCUAGGGGGCUAGCAUUCCUCCACCACAGCUGUGUUCCACAUAUCAUACACCGGGACAUGAAGUCCAGCAACGUGCUGCUUGAUGGCAACUUUGAUGCCUAUGUCUCAGACUUUGGAAUGGCAAGACUCAUGAAUGCACUUGAUUCACAUCUCACUGUGAGCAUGCUCUCAGGAACCCCUGGAUAUGUGCCACCUGAGUACUGUCAGGAUUUCAGGUGCACAACGAAGGGUGAUGUUUACAGCUAUGGAGUUGUGCUUUUGGAGCUCCUCACAGGGAAAAAACCAAUUGACCCAGCUGAAUUUGGUGACAAUAAUCUUGUUGGAUGGGUGAAGCAGAUGAUGGGGGAGGACAGAUGCAGCGAAAUAUAUGAUCCUACAUUGAUGUCUACGACAUCUGGAGAAUUAGAGCUGUACCAGUAUCUGAAGAUUGCUUGCCGUUGCUUGGAUGACCAGCCUAUCUGCAGGCCUACCAUGAUCCAGGUCAUGACAUUGUUCAAAGAAUUGCAGGUUGACUCGGGCAGCAAUUUCCUCGAUGAUUUUUCACUCAUUUCAACAAACAUAGAGGAAUCAUCUGAAAAAUCGCUGUAAAUGCUUCUAGUUCUUGUAGGUUUUGAUUGCUAAUGGAAUGUAAGUAAAGUAGUUUAAUCAUUUUAACCUAAGUAUACAGAAAAGAAAAGUAGCUCCUUUUGGUAGGUGUUUUGCAGUUUUGGUUUCAGUCAGUGUACAUAAUACACAAUAACAGAAAGAGACACAGACACGAUUGUAGGGUUCUUUUGUGUAGAAGACUGCCUCUUUAGUUGUAUAGACAAGUAUAUAUAUCUUGGAACAAAGUUCCCAUGCUUGUACAUAUGCUUCUUUACUGAGAAAGAACACAGUACAAGCUUUUGCAAAUUGGUAAUUGCUUAUGUUAUGAUAUUGUUCCGUGGUUUUG